UCGUGCGCUACGACCAUCGACAACAACUGAGAGGAGGCAGCUCCGUUGAACAGAUCAGAGAAGAGGAACAUCAAAAGAUUCGAGAAGAGGAUCAGGCACCGAACUAAUAAUCCUCAGCCGGUUCAGCAAUCGACAAACAGAGUUGUUCACGCCAAUGGAAAGCAAUACCUACGGAUCGCGCAAAGCUUGCCUUGCGUAGUCAGUUAGUGUUCUCUCAAGGAGUGGAAGCCAAGUUUCCAAGCUUGUUACUCUGUUGAGUAACUUGAGAAGAAUGAAAAAUGUGCCCAACACGUAACACACGUUAGUGACUAUUAUCUGAAGCACGUGACAGCAGUGAAGUUCGUGAAGUGUUGAAAUACUAUGUGCUAGUGGGUAAAACGAUCAACAAGAACGAGGAAUUAUGCUUAGCUCAAACUUCUCCAAAGAUCAUCAUCAAGAAGCCGUAACUAUACCUGGGCUGGAUAUUUUUAGUCAGUGCUCUACGAUUGACGGCGGCGCCUGAUUUCACCAUUGCGCAGUCUGGUAAAUAAGGUGGAUGAUCCUCUAUAUUAAAUAAUUUGUUUAGAGAAUUCUUCAUAUAAUGAUGGGGAUGUGAAGACUGAUGACAGUCCAAUAUCUUCUCGAAGCUGUAGUGCGCGUUUAGAUCUGAAGCUGCAAAUGUUGAAAUUGACUGGAACUGUGGGUAAGGUUGUUUCUGUCUUGCCUUAUUGAAGCUGCACGGCCAUUUGGGGGCAAACGAUAAUAGCCCCCAAAGAGCCUUGUCUGAAGCUCCGAGACCAGUUUAUUCCAUCCGAAGAAGUUACUAUCACAGGUUCAAGGUUGUUUGCCCCCGGUGUUCAGGUUUCGGCCAUGGUCCAGGCUGGCCUGGGCUCUCCGGAUCUGCCGGAACGCGAGCGGGGCCUCAUGGCCAAGAGCUGCUCACCUACGUUGGCCGAGUCGAGUUUCGCGUCGCUCCUGGAUUCCUGCUCUGGAAAUUCCCCCAACAGCAAGUUAAGACCGUCCAGUCAAUUUACACCUCCCGCUCCAACCGUACUGCACCACGGUGUGUUAAAUCAUCAAGAUUGGGACAUCAAUGAUAACAAUGUCCCCAGGGUAACCUCAUUUGAUCCGUACAACGAGUGGGCUGAUGGGCACUGUCGCUUUGUAUAUCGCCCGGAUUGUGAGGAAGCAAAGCGGCAUUCAUCAGGAUGGGCUAUGCGCAACACAAACAAUCACAAUGUGCACAUUUUAAAAAAGAGCUGUCUUGGAGUACUCGUGUGCACUCAACGUUGUGUGUCCGAUGCUGGGGACAGUGUUCACCUUAGACCAGCUAUCUGUGACAAAGCCCGUAAGAAGCAACAAGGAAAACCGUGCCCGAAUCGCCGCUGCGCAGGACGUCUGGAAGUGCUUCCAUGUCGUGGCCAUUGUGGUUAUCCUGUGACCCAUUUCUGGCGUCAUACAGAGCAUGCAAUCUUUUUCCAGGCAAAAGGACUGCACGACCAUCCACAGCCUGAGCCGAAAGCAACAGCCGAGGCUCGUCGUUCUCUCCGUGUAGCGAAACGUGGCUACUCCGCGGCAGCUUUGGAAAGCUCUCGUUUUGCCGGUGGUCCUACUCCGUACUUAGCCGCUGGUGCAAGUACGUUUAAGGAUCAUCACCUGUCUGAAAGUUUUCAGCACGCGCCUGCAGUUCUGUCGAAUGGAUCCGCGGCUACGUGGACGUCAGAGGUGGACUACGAAUAUUAUGUGAAGGUGUCUCGAGUCGAGAGACUUUCAAUGCUUCCACCACCAUCUGCUGGUCCCCCAGCUCCAUCGGCACCGGCUCUACCUUUGCCAUCUCAACUGCCAUUAGGCACGCAGUGCUCGUGCCCACCGUUUGAGUGCGUAUGUCCCCCUGGAAUCAAGCGGCGCUAUCCUGGGCAAAAUCCAUUCGCCCGGCCAACUACACACUCCGGUCAUCCUGCCCUUCCCACGGCCGCCAGGCCAACAGCACCAACCGGAAGCCCUUACACCGAUUACACCGGAGUCCCUCUGCACCACCAUCAUCACCAUUCAUCAAUCGAUUUAUACCAACCAUCUUUAAUGGCAGGCGAGAAAGCCGUUCAGGAAUGGACAGCUUCAGGUUCCACCGGCGGAGAAUCUAAUGAUCGAUCUAGCGAAGAUAGUGAUAAGCACCCUCAGCAUUUCCAAUCCUAUCAACAUCAGCUGACCUCUGGAGCGGCACAGAGGCAAGAGGCAUUUAAGCUUACAUAUCGGACAAGCCAUUCCUUGCCAGUUCAGCAUGGAGAUCUCCGUCAAUCCGUUCCUACGCUUCAUUCCGCCUACCCUGGCUGUUCAUCAUACCCUGUAAAUUCGUCUCAGGUUUCCAUAAAGCACACUGACUCUGGUCUUAUCAAUCCCCAACCUAGUGACUGUUUCAUUACUUCGCUCGAUAAUCAUAACAAUGAGCACAGUCAAAGGUUCUUCUCUGCCGUUGACAACGCUGUUCAGGAUGACCCAAACUCGCAGACAUCUUCACAGUUUAUGAAUCAAUCAUGGCCGUCAGAUUAUCGGCUGAAUUCUGGCGAAUAUCACCACUCAUAUUAUCAUCAGGAACGAACAGGAGGAUACCAUCCGAGCUAUGAUAUGACCCAUCACCAUCAUCACCAUCAUUCGCAUCACCCUGCCAGGGUUCAUCCUACGACUGGAAACUCUCAAACUCACCACUUACAGGCAACUGUGGGUACCGGCAGCGGAGGAGGACACUUGCAACCACCUGUUCCACAAGGGCUUAUGGCACCGCCCCUUAGCGAAGUUCCUACGCUUGCCAUGCUCUAGAAGGAGCGUACCGGGCGUUCCAAAAAUGAAUCCGAUCUGCGCUCCAAUAUUUUGAACAAUCUGACAAGUGUUUCGAGAGUCGAAGCACGAUUUCUAUUGAAAGUGGUUCAAACAUCCCAUUCCGUCCUAUAGCAUGUUCGGAUCAUGUAUUUCGUAACCGCUGAUUAUUAGUUUAAAUUUCGAUUUCGCAAAUAGAGGGACUGAUGGCGUAACUCGAAGAUGACCCCGAUGUUUGACCUGGUUGGCUGGUGGUUCAACUAAGAUACAAUUGGAUAGUUGAGAUCGUCAAUCUUAGACCACCCAGUACGUUAUCAUAAGGAGCGUGUAUUAAUAAUGUAUAGCUUGCAGUCUGCAUGAUAGUCCUACGCCACAAUAAAAAUAAGUUACUACCCUUAUAAGUACCCAAUAGUGAAUAAAUAAAUCUGAAUGCCUAA